AUGUGGACUACAUACGUGGCAAACCGAGUGGCGAAGAUACAAACUAUCACCGAAAAGGGUCACUGGAGGCACGUACCAGGUGUGGACAAUCCGGCUGAUCUCAUAUCCAGGGGAAUUCCGCCAGCAGAAAUCGUGGAAAACCGAUUCUGGUGGCAGGGUCCAACGUGGUUGGAACUACGAUCAGAAUUUUGGCCAAAAGCACCUACAAGUUUUGGAGAGGAAGGAGAGGAAGAAAAACGUCGGAUGGUAGUUGCAAGCUCAGCGUCACCAUAUUCGGAGUUCAAUGACCAAUAUAUUGCAAGGUUUGCAUCAUACACCGACAUGAUCCGUCGGACUGCAUAUUGGCUGCGUUUGAUGAAAUUACUUCGCAAACCAAGGGAAGAGAGGAAGGAUGGGUCGUUCUUGUCCACCGCAGAACUGCGACAAGCGGAAAACGUAUUGGUUAGAAGAGUUCAAAAUGAGGUCUUCGGUAGAGAAUGGAAGGCGAUCAUCAAUAAAACCGUUUUACCAUCUAAUUCACCUCUACGGUGGUAUAAUCCGCUUCUUUCAAAGGAUGGAAUCAUGAGAGUCGGUGGUCGUUUGAAUAAAUCCCAAGAAGCUGAAGAGAGCAAACAUCCCAUUCCAUUACCAGCUCGACACUCUUUUACUCGUUUGAUGUUAAAGCAUUACCACGAAAGGCUUCUACAUGCUGGUUCACAGCUUAUGCUGGCUGUAGUCAGACUACGAUUCUUGCCGCUAGGAGGGAGAAGUGUUACCAGGCAAAUUGUUCACGAAUGCUUGAAAUGCUACCGUUCAAAACCAACUGCCAUUCAGCAGUUCAUGGGCGAUCUACCAGCGUCUCGAGUGACGGUUGCAAGGCCAUUUUCCCGGACAGGCGUGGAUUUUUUUGGACCCGUCUACAUCCGUCCAGCCCUACGACGACCCACAGUAAAAGCCUACGUCGCCCUCUUCAUUUGCAAGGAGGUGCACCUGGAGUUGGUCACAGAUUUGUCCACUGGACGUUUCCUCCAAGCUCUACGUCGGUUUGUGUCAAGGAGAGGAGAAUGCAGCGAUAUUUAUUCCGACAACGGCAUCAACUUUGUAGGAGCCAGAAAUAAGUUGCAGGAGUUUUUUAAACUGUUGAAGGAUCCAACUCACAGGGAAAUCCUAUCCAAAGAGUGUUCGGAGCAAGGGAUACAGUGGCACUUUAAUCCGCCCAGUGCACCACACUUCGGAGGCCUCUGGGAGGCCGCAGUUCGUUCAGCGAAGAAGCAUCUCUUGAAGGUUGUCGGCGAAAAUCCCGUUUCAGCUGAAGAUUUUACAACACUUCUUGUACAGGUGGAAGGGUGUUUAAAUUCACGGCCACUCACCCCUAUGUCGGAGGAUCCCGAAGACUUGGAACCGUUGACUCCCUCGCAUUUCCUUGUUGGAACGUCACUUCAAGCAAUACCCGAGCCCAAUCUUGAAGACAUUCCUCUCAAUCGGCUUGAUAAAUAUCAGCUUAUGCAACGAAAGCUCCAAGACUUCUGGCGCAGAUGGCGCCGGGAAUAUUUAUGCCAACUCCAAGCUAGAACCAAGCGUUGGAAACCACCAGUUCCGGUGGAAGUAGGAAAAUUGGUCGUAAUUCAAAAUGAUAAUGUUCCCCCGAUGCGGUGGAGAAUGGGACGAAUACAAUCUCUUCAUCCUGGCAACGACAAUGUGGUUCGAGUAGUGACCGUGAAGACGUCGUCCGGCAUGUUGACUCGUCCAGUAGAAAAACUAUGCUUCUUGCCAUUACCGGAUUGCAACGAAGAACCAAAAACUCAAAUCGCCUCGUCCAACAUUGAAACGUAA